UCUACGAACACACUUAUUUCUUAUGAGCGCUUUAUCACUUGCUUCGCUCACACGGUAGUAUUCGUUUGUUUUGUUUGGUUAGUGGCGGGCAACGAGCCUGCGAUGCCGCAAUGUCAUUUCGAAUCCUCGCACCAAAACCAAAACCAAAACGGCCGUCUCUGUUGGAAAUUUACGACGGAGAUCUCGACCCCAGACAGUUCUACCAUCUCCUCUCCCACGCCGUUACUUCCGGCGUCUUCUCCACCGACUCCGUCCUCUCCAGCAAGCUCCUCCUCCGCUCCCUCUCCCACCGCCGCCUCGAAUUUUCCCGUGCCAUCUUCUCCCAGAUUCAAAACCCAAAUAACUUCGCCUGCAACUUCAUCUUCAAAGCCUUCUGCCACAGCUCCUUCCCGCAAGAAGCGCUCUUUCACUACAAUCUCGUGCGACGUCGUUUUCCCCAUUUGCUGCCGGAUAACUACUCCUUCCCUUUCCUCUUCAAAGCAUGCGGUCGUCUCAGUCUUCCCCACAAGGGCCAAGAACUUCACUGUUUGGCAAUCGCGCUCGGGCUCGAAACCGACGUCUUCGUUCAAAAUGGCCUCGUUUCGAUGUACUCCGGAUGCGGAAUGCUUCACUGUGCUCGUAAAGUCUUCGACUUGCUUCCUGUUUCAGUCCGCGACGUGGUGUCUUGGAACAGCAUUGUUUCUGGGUACGUGCAGAGCAAUCGGAACUGGGACGCACUCCAGAUGUUCGACGAAAUGCUUGCAUUUACAAGGCCCGAUAAUGUGACGUUGGUCAGUGCUCUCACUGCUUGUGGGAAGAUGGGUUGUCUUCAUUUGGGGAGGCAAAUUCAUGGGUUAGUGUUGGCAAGGGGGUUCACUUUGGACGUCUUCUUGGGUUCGUCUUUGAUCGACAUGUAUGCGAAAUGUGGGCGCAUGGAUGAGGCUCGAAAGGUUUUCGAUAGAAUUAGGGACAAAAAUGUGGUGUGCUGGACUUCUAUGAUCGCUGGUUAUACUCAGUCACGUUCGUUCAAGGAUGCGAUUGAAUUGUUUAGGGAAAUGCAAUUAGAUGGAGUUGAAGCAGACGCCGCAAUGGUUGCUUGUGUGAUAUCAGCCUGCGGGCGUUCGGGUGCAUUAGGCCAUGGAAGAUGGGUGCAUACAUACUGCGAAAGAAUCGGCUUUUACACCAACAUCUCCGUGAAGAAUGCCUUGAUUGACAUGUAUACGAAGUGCGGAGACAUUAAACGGGCUCUUGAAAUUUUCCAUGACAUGAGCAAUAGAGAUGUAUUUACAUGGACUGCCAUGAUAACUGGUCUUGCUAUGAACGGGGACUCCGUCGGAGCACUGGAAGUGUUUACACAAAUGGAAGCGAGUGAUGUGAGGCCGAACGAGGUCGCGUUCCUCGGCAUCUUGUCAGCAUGCAGUCAUGGCGGGUUUGUGGAUAAAGGAUUUCACUAUUUCAGAGCCAUGGCUGGAAUAUAUAACCUCACUCCUCGCAUUGAACACUACGGAUGCAUGGUGGAUCUUCUUGGUCGAGCUAAUCUGUUAAAUGAAGCAGAGAAGUUCAUCGGAGCUAUGCCAAUCCAACCUGAUGUGGUUAUAUGGCGAUCUCUGCUUUUUGCAUGUAGGACAUAUGGAAACAUAGCAUUGGCAGAGUUUAUAGCCAAAAAGAUUGAGGAAUUAGAACCAAGAAAGUUUGAGUCUCGCGUUUUGUUAUCGAAUCUAUAUGCUUCGGCAUCAAGGUGGCAUGAAGUGAGCAGGAUGAGGAAGGGUACGCCUCGUGAGGGUGCCCAGAAGCAGCCGGGUUGCUCUCUUAUAGAAGUAGACGGUCUUGUUCAUGAAUUCAUUGUUGCAGAUUGUUCACAUUGUCAAAUUGAUUCGAUAUUCGAGACGCUUAGAGGAAUGAACAAAGUCAUACGAUCAGAAAGAUUUGAUUAGGGAGUUUGGAUGGUACGCAAUUCUUAUUGGAAAGUUGGCAACCGAACAGAAAGAUUUGAGGUAUUGAUGAUUAGUUCAAGGUAGAUGGCAGUGCCAAGAAUGGCGGUAGUUGCUCGAAUGCGAAUCCUACUGUGUAAUCCAGGAUCAUUAGGGAAAGAAGUAAGGGUUGCCUACUAAAGAUUUGGUGGCUGAGAGGCGCCGCCGGAAGAAGAUCAACGACCACGAUGGGAUUAAAACCCUGGGAUAAGGUUCUUAGGUGUUCAAAUUCACCACUUGAGAUAACCUCAAGGAUAACUUACCAGUAAGUUAACAGUUGGGAUAACUUAAAAAUCGAAUUUAAGACUCUCACUUACAAGUGAAGAAAAAUACUACUAGACCGUAGUACUAAAUGAUUCUAGUAAGUUGGAGUUGAAAUUGCAUUAUUGCGCACUAAAUAUGGAUGUAAGAUUGCUUUACAUUAGAA